AUGUGUGAUUUGAAAAAUAAAGUCGCGUUAGUUACUGGUGGAGCAAGUGGAAUAGGCGCUGCCAUUGUAAGGGAAUUUCUAAAAGAAGGAGUCAAGUUUGUUGCUAUAUUGGAUAUUAAUGAAAAUAAUGGUAAUGCCUUAGAAAGGGAAUUAGCAAAUGAAUAUGAACGAGAGAGAGUGAAGUUCAUAAAAUGUGAUGUUACAAAAGACGACCAGUUGGACGCAGCAUUCGAAGAGAUAAUUGAAAGAUAUUCAAAUAUAGAUGUGGUAGUGAACAAUGCCGGAAUCGCUAAUGAUGAAGUUUCUAUGUAUAAAAAGGAAAUAGAAAUAAAUUUUACUGCUACUAUAUCAAUUUGUCUAAAAGCUUUAGAACUAAUGCGUUGUGAUAAAGGUGGAAAGGGAGGCACUAUUAUAAAUGUAGCAUCGGUCAGUGCAUUGGCCCUUUUGUCACCAACGGUUUUCAUUUAUGGAGCUACAAAGGCCGCUGUUCUUCAUUUUACUUGCAGCAUUGGGAGAGAUGGCUACUAUUCAAAAACAAAAGUUCGGACUAUAUGUAUGUGUUUUGGCGCAACAGAUACAAAUAUGUUACAAGAAACUAAAAGUUUUGAUGAUGCCAUUGUAAAGCACUUUCAAAAUAUAAUCAAACAUUCGCCGAUGCAGUCCGCUGAAGAAGCGGCGCAGGGAACUGUUAAAGCCUACAAAACUGGUAAAAGUGGCAGCGUUUGGCUUGUUAAUUGUAACCUAGAAGAUGUAACGGAUAGAGUGGAUAAGGCUUAUAAAAUUAUGACGGGUGAUAUUUUUGACUUU